UAAAAACGUUCAUUUCCCAACAAAAAAUGGGUCGCAAGUGCGAAGUUAGUACGUGUUCGAACAACGAAGUGAAGCGGAACGGAACGUCGUUUAUUAAAUUCCCGCGAAAUCCGACCGUUGCCAUUCGGUGGGUGCAGUUUUGCGACUCGGAAGAGCUGCUGGUCGACUACGAAGAGCACGGCGAUGAAGUGUUGGUCAACCGGAAAAUAUGUUCCGCUCAUUUUGCGGAAGAGGACUUCCGCAUUCGGGGCCGGCCGGACCGCGGGCUGCGGUUCGGAGUCGUUCCGAGAAUUGUUGGCACGUCCUGGCGCGACCCACCAUUAGUGGUGCAGGACCAAGGCCCUCAACUCGAGGAGGAGGACGUUGAUGCAGCGACAAAUUCAAGUGUGCUUCCUAUUGUAGUCGACGAGGAGUGGCUGGAAGCCUUGAACGAGUCGAACGGAGAACCCAACAGCUCGUUUGUCCUUGGCAAUAGAGACACUUCCACAGAACGUUUAGAUAAACCUGAUCCCAGCACAACAAUGAGACGCUCGCUACGAAAACGUAAACGCAGUGAAGAUGUACCGGCAGAAGCUGUAGCACCACCACCACCAGCACCGGUAUCUCCAGCGCCAGCACCUGAACCAAGUGAUGAACCACCCGAACAACAACCUUCCCCGCAAUCCACCUGCAAUUUGUGCAAGAAGCCCAGUGCGGAUCUGCGCUCCGACCCGGAAACCGCCGACAAGAUCAUCGACUGUCUUGGCCUAGGGAUCUCACCGGAGGUCGAUCCGACGGGGCAGAUUUGCGCCGGCUGUGCCGACCGGGUUGACGCGCAGCACGCCUUCCGGACGCGCGCCCUGCACUGCAACAGCUACGUCGAGAACGGGCUGGAUGACAAGGAAGACGAGGACGUGUGUCGGUUCUGCUUGAAGGCGGAGGGCGCGUUGGUCGAGUUGUUUCCAGGGGGGAGCGUUGUGGCGGAUGUGGUGCAAACGGUGCGGGAUUGUUUGGGGGUUGAGAUCAACAGCUGGGACACGGUGACGAAGCUUUGCGGGGUUUGUGUGGGCGGUGUUGAAGAGUUGGCUGGAUUUCGGGCGGAAUUUUCCCCGACGGCCGUGCCGGUGAAGCUCGAGGACGUGAUGGAUUCGUCGGAUUCGUACAGCAUUGGGAGCGAGAAUGGGGAGGAGGUGGGGGGGUUUGAGUCGGAUGGAUCGACGGCGGCGGAGGGGGAGGAGUGUGGGGAAAAGCGGAAGGUCACGGCACGGUCGCUGCCGUGGAUUGGAAGUGACCACGAGGAUCGUAACUUUGACGUGCUGGAUGAAACGGACGAGGCGGUUGAGGUGGUCUUUGAGGAAUAUUCGUUCGACCUACGGUUGGUCUUGCCGGACGGGAGUUCGCUGUGGCAUUGUGUGCAGUGUAAGUUGCGAGAAUGUCGCGUGAAGCUGAAGAUUGACGCGAAGGGAAUGUUGGCCACUUUCGGGGGAUCAAUCGACAAGCACAACCACAUGAACGAGCUGGACAAGCUGAUGGAGUGUCCGGAGGGGAUGGGGAUGGUCCAGUUUGACGGCAGGGAGCAACCGUUUUGGCUGCUGUACGGCGAACGCCAGCGGAGUCAGUACACGCGGAGUUUGAUCUUUGCCGGGCAGAAGUACUUGCUGCAGUCGAUUCGGUUCAAGGGACUGAUUGGCGUUUGGAAGUGUCAUCACGUGUUCAGGAAGUGCACGGCGUUGCUUCGGAUUGAUCCGCUUUUUGAGAAGUUUGAGAUGCGCGGUCGGCACAACCAUCCACCGCUGGCGCAGUGGGAGAUUGACCACGCGUUGAGGUUGCGCGGCAUUCGGGAUGGCUCGCUGGAGGCAAUUCGUACGUAUCAGCGGACGACGUCGCGAGUUGCGAUUGAAAAGCGGGCCGACCAGGAAGGUUACGUGAGCAACGGGACUCACACGUCCAAGUCUCAAGGUUUGAACGGAGCGGAGGAUGGAGUUCAAGCGAAGGUGAAGGAGAAUAAUGUGGACAUUUUCAAACUCAUCCAGCAGAAGGAUCCCGCGCGCAACUUUAAGGUGCUUCCACUUGAUACAGGUUUCAAGGUCGUCGAUGAGGACAAUUACGAGUAUUGCUAUUCCACACAACUUGAGGACAAUUCAACGCUGUGGAAGUGCGCGAUGUUCCAGCUUAGAAACUGCAAAGCGAUUGCCCAAGUAAGUCUAGAUGGCAAACAGUUGACCUUCAUCGAGCGCAAACACAACCACGAAACUCGACCGCUCGAGCUGCUUAACUAUCCGCUGGGCAAACGAAUGAUCGCCGGAGAGCCGGUUUGGCUGCUGAAAUGGUUCAACGCGAACCAUGAGUCGCGUCGGGUUUUGUACCGUGGAUAUCUCUACACGCUGCACGAAAUUGGCAAGCACGGAAUCAUUCGGUGGAGAUGUCUCAGGAGGCAGUCCUGUGCGGCGAUUUUGCUCUCCGAAGGAGAUUUCCGCAAGAUGGAGGUCAAGGGAGAACACACGCACCUGGGGCUGCCCCAAAGUUCCAUGGAUUCGUUGGUUAAGGACACCGAACCUGCUGGACGAAGGGUGAUGAAAUCCGUGGAGCAACCAGCGACUGCUCAGCCAUUGCCAAUGCCGAUCUAUACGACCAUCAGCCAACACAAUCCGGAGAAAAAUUACACCGUCAAACAGCUCAAAAAGCAACUACUGGUCGUCACCUUCGAAGGGCGUGACUUCCGGUUCAACGCAAAGGAAUCAACAGGCUUCAGCCAGUGGAGCUGCGUUUGGAGCGACAUUCGCCUUUGCAAUGUAAAGCUGUACAUCAGCCCCGACGGAAUGAGCGCAAGACUGCACGAAUCCGACCACAAGCACAACCAUUCGGACGGGGACGUCCCAGCGUUCAAACUCGCCGACGGAAAGAGGACAAUAUUUGACGAAACCAAAAACGUCGACCAGCCCUACUAUUUGUACACCUACCCGGCGGACUUCUUCCCCAACCGUGGCCUAAUCUACCAAGGCCAAAAGUACACGCUCUGUCGAAUCGACCGAAACGGACACAGCACCUGGAAAUGUCCCCGAACCUGCACCGGAUACAUCAAAGUCGAGUGCAGCCUCCGCUCCAUCGCCUGCAAAAACUCUCACCAACACGCCGCCCUAACACCCCAAGAAAUCAAAACCAUCACCGGAUCGGACCAACCCGACCUCCUCGAAGGUGCCUCCUUCCCCGACACGCCCUCCACCAGCACCGUCCCCAUCAAGAAAGGUCCCCUCAGUACCCACGACCUGCUAGAAAUUCUCUCCACCCAAGACCCAGACCGCAACUUCCAAGUCCAGCUCAAAAACCGAAACAUGAAGAUCGUCCAAAACGGCUUCGAGUACUACUACAACCUGUCGACCGCCAAAUUCACCAGCUGGAAGUGCAUCUACACCACCGUACGCGCCUGUCGAGCCACCAUCACACUCGACAACAGCUGCAAGCUGGCCCACCUCCCGGAAAUCCCCCGCCACAGCCACUCCACCAAGCCGUGGAACCUGCUAACCUUCCCCCUCGGCCGCAGUACCAUCACCGACGCGCAAACGGGCGCGGAAAAGCCGUUUUGGUUCCGCGUGCAACCGAACUUCCUGCGCCCCAUCGUGACGAUCAUGUACGAAGGUCACCGGUACCGGUUGGUGUUUCUCAACGAGUCCGGCAGCAGCAGCACCUGGGGAUGUUCGUCGUCGAGACGGUGCAACGUGCGCAUUUUUAUCGACGGAUUGUUCAAGCGGUUGAGGAAUGGAAAUUCGAUUCACGCGGAGCCGGAGAUGAGCGCCAGCGAUCAGGCCGCCUGGAUCGAGGAGAUUGUGACGGUCGGUGGGGACGAGGCGGUGGAGUAGGAGUUAUAGGGUUAUGUUAUAGCGAGUGAUUGGCGGACGGAAGUGUUGAACUUAUUUUCAUUUUGUUCUCACUAAUGUUAUUUAUUAAAGUAUUUUGACAACCUAUUGAAAUAUAAUUCGUUUGAUUGAAU